GCCACCACCUCUUUGGCCCUGUUCGGCCGCCACUCUGUUCCUCUACUUGUUGAACCGUGAGCUUCGAGGCACACAGCGAAUAGAUGGAGCCUCAUGCUUCGAACCUUCUGGACGAGGCCCUAGGGUUUCAUGGCCACGACAAACCUCGCCGUCUGGGCCCUCGGUUCGUGCUUGUUGAAGAUUGCGUAGAGACCAGUGGGGCUUUCGUUCUUCACCACCUCGUCAAGCGCUCUCUCUUUUCUCAUCCUUCCUCUGUUGUCAUCUUCGUUGCCUUCAAUCACCCAUUUGUUCACUACGACCGCGUCCUGAGAAAACUCGGUUGCAACUUAGCUGCUCAAAGAGAUAAUAGUAGAUUCUUUUUUAUUGACAUGCUUAUGUCACAGUGUCCAGAUGAAGGAAAGCUUGCUCAAAAUUGGCUUAUCGUUCUGUUUGAGAAAAUUGAAGGAGUGAUCAGUUCAUUACACCCAGACAGCAAGAAACUUGUUACCAUCAUGAUAGAUGAUGUAUCCCUUUUUCAAGUGGCUGCUAACGGCUCUUCAAAUGAUGUUUUGGACUUUCUGCAUUACUGCCUGACUUUAACAUCAGAAUUUGAUGCUACAUUUGUUGCGCUUGAUCAUAAGGAUAUCUAUUUGGAUGGGGAGAGACCUAUACUUAUUUUAGAAAUGGAGCACCUUGCAGACAUUUUGAUCAAGGCUGAACCAUUGGUUACGGGUUUGGCAAAAGAUGUGCAUGGGCAGUUGACGGUGAUGAACAAGGAAACGCAAAAUCCUCAAAUAAGCUCACCGAUUAAGAUACGCAAUUUUCACUUCAGGAUCAAGGAAAAUGGCAUAGAGUACUUUUAUCCUGGCACCAAAGCCUAGUGAAUUAUGAAAUGCACGUGGGCACAGCUGUUUAGUGUUUACUUGUAAAAUUAUUAGACUAAUGCAUUGUCUGUAUUGACCAUUGAGUUUCUUAUUUGUCCGGAAGUUCAGUGGUCCAAGAUUAUUGAUGAUAAUUAAGGAUGUUGAUAUUUUAAAAUUUCAAAAAAGUA